AUGAUAACGUCGUAUCAUCGAUGGCAGGCGUGGAAGCAUGGAUUUGUUAACAAUCCUUAUUGGCGAUUAUUACCUGUCGGGUUGACAUUUAGUGAUCAAGUCGUCUUCAAUAAUCAAUUGUUGAAACGUGUGGAGGCCCGUUUCAAGUUUUCUUCGGCACAUCUUGAUGGAGGUGGGGCUCGGCCGGGUUUGGCCCGGUAGUGUAUUCUAAUGUAACAAUAAUUGGUAUGAGCUUGACAAAAUCUCCCAAAAUUUUAAAACCCUAUUAAAAAGUGUAAUAAAUAUAUGAAAUCUUUGAUUUCAUCAUCAAUUGGUGCAUUUGCUAAACAUUUCCAUCGAAUUCCUUCCUGUUUAGUUAUACGAUUUUUAAGCUGUCUAGCAGAACUUGAAGAUACUUGGGUCGUAUUGGAGUUAGAGUGAAAGGCUUCUUGCUCCGGUGCUUCAUAGUGGAUUGUUGGAAAAUUUACCCAAUAUCUGACAACACUUCGAUAAUUUAUUAGAUCGGAUUUUCUUUGUUCUCUUUGCGGCCAUGGAUUGAAGCCAUCUUCAAUUUUCAAGUGUAGUAGGAUCUUCUUACAUCUUUUCUCUUCUGUCCGGAGGCGAUGUCCGGUUUACGAUCCGUUCGGGGGCUCUUCAUCCUUAUCCGCGGUAAUUGUUGCGUUAUCCCUCUCGAAUGCAGUAUACUCUUCCUCUAAUCUAUUUAUUUCUAGCUGGUGGAAGAACGGUAUGCACUCAUGUGCGUGUCUCACAUUAACUAUGUUACUUCUUUUUAUCACAGUGAGUUUACGUUUCUAGUUUCUAAAAUAUAAUGUUUUAGGUAACAGUUGAAGCAGAAAACGGAAUCUUGGCAUCGAGUGUGGACAUGAGACAUCCCUGCCUGCACAAGCGGAAUAAGUAAGUUGUUUUUCGUCCGUCUUGAAGAGUGUUAAAUUCCCAAGGAAUAAUUAAUAUUACUUACCGGUUUUGUUUUAGGAACAGCAUCCGUUGUAAAGAACGAUGUCCAUCUGGAUGGACGGGAGAAGGUUGUUUGUUCCCAAUCUGUCCUGGAGGUUGUGGAGAAUCCGGGGAAUGCAUAAAUCCUGGAUAUUGCAGAUGUGAUGGCUUCUACAGUUUUCUCGGGUGCACCGACAAACCAACUGUGGCAGAGGUUUUACACGAGGUAAGCCGGAUUUUACUGCUGCAGUAUUAUUUUUUCAGUUUACACUUACUUUUUAAUUUUUAGAACUACUUCUACAUUGGAUUAAUAGGCUCCGUAGCUGUGUCCUCAUUCUUUUUCAUUAUCGUUGUCGUUCUUUAUUGCCAGACGCGUUCUGUUGCUCCAUCCGAUGUUUCGAAGCCGGUCAUUCAGGAAGUCUAG